AUGCCGGGUACACUGAGAAGGAAGCAUCGUCAAGAACUGACUCUUCGAAGAUCGUUCAUGGAAGUUAUGCAAGCCAAACUAUCUACUUCACUCUUCCGACGUCCGAGUGAUCAACAUUCACCUAAAUCCCCUGAAAAUCGACGAAGAGAUCCAUGUGCAGAACAUCGUUUCAAAGCACUACCACCUGCCCAUCGUUCAUCAGCUACCUCAUACACAUCGACGCAUAGUAUUCGCAACCUUCCACCCGAACUUCUAGCUUACAUCUUCGUCCUUGGUUGUGAAGAUGAUCCUAUGCUCCCGCUCUCCGUAUCUCAUGUUUGCUCUUUCUGGAGAGCGCUUGCGCUUAGUACACCCGUUCUGUGGCGCAGAGUCGUCCUUGGAUCUCAUUAUAGCAUGUGGGAGGAGACGAUGUACCGUGCGAGGGGUUGCACACUCGAUAUCGAAUUCAAACCGCAAAACCAUCGUGGACCUCUCGCGUUCUACGAAGUGCAGCGAUAUAUGCAUCUCGUUAUGCCUCAUAUUACUCGCUGGAGGUCGUUAAGUAUCGUUUUUUCAGAAUAUCAACCGUAUCUCUGGAACAGUGCACUGUCUGAAUGUUGUACAAAAAGUAGUUAUACUCAGGUGCCCGGACUGGAAGAGUUAUGCCUUGUGUACCGACACAAUGAUGACACUAAGGAGUUCUGCUUGUUCUCUGGGUUUGCUCCAAAACUCCGCCGCGUCACUUUGGAUGGAAUACGACUAACCUGGCUUCCAUCUCUAUUUCAAAAUCUCACAUAUCUUGAUUACACUCACCAUGGAAAAAGCAAUGGGUAUCACGCUAUUCAAGAAAUCGGCAACGUUUUACGUGUCUCCUCGAGAUUGAUAGAACUCCGGGUCUUAUUCCCAAACCAAGGCCACGUAACUCGCCCGCAAAAUACUCGAACAUCCCUUCCUUUUGGGUCGCUGUAUUUGCCAUGGUUGAGAGCACUCCAUCUUCGUGUCGAGACUAAGCAAAUACCAGAAGAAUUGGUUUUACUUGCUUCCAUAUUCAGUACACCACGACUUUCGGAGCUGCUUUUAAUAGACACCGUGGGCCAGCGGUUAGCGUUCCGACACAUCGAUGCAUUUUGGUCUGCUUAUACGAUUCCGUUUUCGUUGCGGACCCUCCAUUUACAGAAUGGGUGGUACACGGAAGAUUCCGUCGUUUUCCUUAGCAGGGUUGAGAACUUGAGGUGGCUGGUGCUACGUCGUGGUUGUUCCGAUGUUGUUCAUUGGCUUGAUCCUGAUAUUCAGCGUAGUGCUGAGCGGAAGUAGGCAGAAUCUCCGAAUUUGACUGAACUUGUAACGCAGGUCCCAGGAUCACACGGACCCUCAUUUUUUUUUGAUUGGACUGAACUGGGCUCAGCCAGGCUCAGCCGCUAAAAAUGAGUAGUCUGAAAUUCCUGAAUUCGGGCUAAAUUUGACCGCCGGGUUAUGAUUUUCUCAGUCUGCCUUCGACACAGCUUCGAUGGCUGAACACGGAUCAGGUGAAGGGAUCGUACCGUGCAGUAUCUAGAAUCAAUUUCCCAUUAUCAUAACGGGUCCUAUGUUUACUUGAGUUCUUCAAACAGUAAACUAAUGGAUUUCCUGGGAUCCGCGAAGCUCAGAAGCAAAGAGCUUGAGUGACGCCACGCAAACUUUGCACUCUAGCAGGUGGCUACAAAGGUUCUAACGUUAUUGCUCCUUGAACGAAUCCAUUCUCUCUAUUGCGGUGCUU